AUGGCCGCGUCCUCAAUGGGGCGUCUUGUCACACUUUGCAGACAAUUUCAGCGUGUUGUUAACAUAUCCGCUCCAGUCCAAGCUCAAUACUCAACGCACACUUUGACCAGAUAUCAGUGUUUUUCAAAAAGGCAGCUUUGUGAACCGCCAUGGCUCAGCAAUACAGGGAAUUCUGCGCAGUGUCGACUUCUCCACACAUCCACAAUAAGGAUGGGCCUUGAAGAAUUCUUUGAUAUACCCGAAAACUGGGGUGAACCAACAGUCAAAUCCGGUGCUCCGUGGACAGCCAAACAGCUAAGACUUAAAAGCAAUGAGGAUUUACACAAACUAUGGUAUGUUCUUUUGAAAGAAAAGAACAUGUUACUCAGUAUUGAACAGGAAGCAAAACGGCAGCGUGUCCAGAUGCCCAGUCCAGAACGCAUAAAGAAGGUUGAAAGGUCUAUGACAAGGUUGGAUACAGUCGUGCAGGAGAGAGAGGAUGCUCUCCGAUUGCUUCAGACAGGGCAGGAGAAAGCAAGGCCAGGGGCAUGGAGAAAAAAUAUGUUUGGGAAAAACCUCUGGCAUAGAUUCAAGGAGUACCCAAUCCCAUGGCAUCUGAAUAAGAGGUACAAGAGGACCUCUUACUUCACACCAUCGUUUGUAAGCCCAUAUACAAGGUUAUUUAUCGAGAAACAGCUCAAGGCUAAAAUGAGGAAACAGAGAAGGGAACGCCAAGAGCGACAGAAACUCGCUAAGAUUUUUCCCAAGACGUCUGCACAUGCAUGAGAUGGCUUAAAAUGGUUAAGAUUUUUUUUUUUUUGUCCAAGGUGCUUUGACAGUGCUUAUACUGAUAACAACAGAAUAAAAUAUUUGCAAGAACAAGAGAGAGAGGUUUUUUGUAUAGUAAAUGCUGCGUGCUGUCUGUCCUGGAUGGCAUUAUUAACCUGUUACACCAGGGAAGUUGGACCUUUCUUGUACAAUUUAUACUGUUGUAACCUAGUGGAACAGCACUAAAAUGAGAUUUCCGCUAUGCCACUGAAUUGAUCAAUCUCUUCUUUGGCAGCAGUGGAAAGGAAUUUUAAAAAAAAUCUCUCCAUCUUUAACAUCUCAUAGAUUGGAUGACAAGUGUUAAAAUGUAAUGAAGACCAAAAACCUAACAAAAAAACUUUUAUUUUUUUUUUG